ACCAUCAUGCUGAAGUUUAACCAAAGAAGACAGUACCCAUUCCAAAGUUAUAAAUUAAAGGAGACAUCAGCAACAAAUGAUGUAUCCCUGAAAUCUGCCAAUGAAGAAGAUGCAGAAAGGCUAUCCUCAGACAAGCAGACCAGAGCUACAUCAGGCUCUCAGCCCACAUUACUUCUGGGACCUGAGGGGAACUACAACUAUUAUGUGGAUGAUGAGGAGGAAGAGGAGGAAGAAUUCAAAGAGGUGGAAGAUGAACAAAAGUUUCAACAUAUAGAAUCAUUUGAGGAGGUGCUCUCUUCAUCAGUUCCCUUGCCCCCUGCCUCUCCCUCUGGAACAGAAUCUCCUCUUCCUAUUUCUUCUAUACUGAACAUAAACGUAGGUGGCCAAAGUUACCACCUCCCUUACCAGAUAGUGGCCCUCUACCCCAAGACCCGUCUGGGCCGCUUGGCCACUUCCACUAACCGCCAUUGCCAGCUGGGUCUGUGUGAUGACUAUGCUGCCCAGGCAGAUGAGUACUUCUUUGACAGGGACCCAGCUGUCUUCCAACUGAUAUACAACUUCUAUGCCUCCGGCGUGCUGCGGGUGAGGGAUGAGUUGUGUCCUCGCAGCUACCUAGAGGAGUUGAGCUAUUGGGGUGUGCGGCUCAAAUACACCCCACGGUGCUGCCGCAUCUGCUUUGAGGAGCGGCGUGAUGAACUGACUGAGCAGCUGAAGGUGCAGAAGGAACUGCGUGCCCAGGCUGAGGCUCAGGAGAAUGAGCAACUCUUCCGCCACAUGCGUUACUAUGGCCCUCAGCGCUGGCGCCUCUGGAACCUCAUGGAGAAGCCGUUCUCCUCUAUCACCGCCAAGGUUAUGGGGGUGGCUUCCAGCUUCUUUGUCCUCAUCUCUGUGGUGGCACUGGCUCUCAACACAGUAGAGGAGAUGCAACACGUGGACAGGAAAAGUGGAGAGACUCGCCCCCUGUUAGAACACGUAGAGACCUUCUGCAUUGCUUUCUUCACACUGGAGUAUGUGCUGCGGCUGGUCUCCACCCCCGACCUGCGCCACUUUGCCAGCAGUGCACUCAAUGUUGUGGACCUCGUUGCCAUCCUGCCUCUCUAUCUCCAGAUGCUGCUGGAGUGCUUUACUGAUGACGACCAGCCCCGAGGCCGGGGCUCCCUGCAUGAUUAUGAUAUCGAGAAGGUGGGGCGGGUGGGCAAGGUGGGGCAAGUGCUGCGUAUCAUGCGCUUGAUGAGGAUCUUCCGCAUCCUCAAGCUGGCCCGCCACUCCACUGGGCUACGCGCCUUCGGCUUCACCCUGCGCCAGUGCUACCAGCAGGUGGGCUGCCUCUUGCUCUUCAUUGCCAUGGGCAUCUUUGCCUUCUCUGCCAUGGUCUACAGUGUGGAACAUGAUGUCUCCAGCACCAACUUCACCAGCAUCCCCCAUGCAUGGUGGUGGGCUGCCGUCAGCAUCUCUACAGUGGGAUAUGGAGACGUGUGUCCAGAAACUCACCUCGGCCGCCUGUUCGCUUUCCUCUGCAUUGCUUUUGGAAUAAUUCUGAAUGGAAUGCCCAUUUCUAUCCUCUACAACAAAUUCUCAGACUAUUACAGCAAGCUGAAGGCUUAUGAGUAUACAGCUAUAAGGAAGGAAAGAGGGAAGGUGAACUUCAGACGAAGAGCUAUGAAGAAAAUGUCAGAAUGUUGUGGAGAAAGCACAAAUCAUUUACCAAGAUGUUAUUAGGGCUCUAUAAAAUAUAAAGGGACAAAUGAAGAUAAAGUAACAAUCCUGAAAGGAAAAGGAAAAUACUUAAGGUAAAAUCUAUUUUGAAA